AUGGCAAAGUCUCGCGUACUCCUGUUGGGCAGUGGAGGCAUUGGCACUCUUGCUGCCCUCAAUCUGGAAUGCGGUGGCCAAGCCGAAGUCACCGCCGUUCUUCGGUCCAAUUUCCAGACCGUCACCGAUCGGGGAUUCGAGAUCCUUUCCUGUGAUCAUGGCCACAUCCGCAACUGGCAUCCAACCUCUGUUGUCAAUGCGGUGCCCGUGACUGGUGCCGGCGACGUGGCGCCUUAUGAUUACAUCGUCUGCACCACCAAGAACAUCCCCGAUAUCGGCCCUUCCAUCUGCGACAUCAUCGCUCCGGCAGUGACUCCCGCGCAGACCGUCAUCGUCCUUAUUCAGAACGGGCUGAACAUUGAGAAGCCGUUCGCUGAACGCUUUUCGGCCAACAUCAUCCUCUCAGGCAUCAGCCGCAACGACGCGCACGAAAUCGCCCCGGGCGUGAUCGAACAAAUCGACCAUGACAACCUGCAAAUCGGUGCCUUCUGUGGUCCUCCUGACCCAGUCGAUGCCCAAACAAAUGCGGCGAUGCACUUCGUGGAAAUAUACAGCGCUGGAGGAAAGACUAACUGCUAUCACGAACCGAACGUGCAGCGAGAGCGGUGGCGCAAGCUGGUCUACAACGCAGCCUUCAAUCCCAUCUCUGCGCUGACGGGGCUGAGCACCGGUGAUCUUCAGAUUGCCGGCAACGCGCUGAACACUUUGCUCAUUCCUGCUAUGACCGAGGUUCUCACGGUCGCACACGCAGCCGGCAUUGACCUCCCUCAAGAAACCAUCGCGACAACACUCGCGAAGAAUCCCCCGGAGAGGAAGAUCUACCCUAGCAUGCAGAAGGAUAUGGCAAAGGGCAACUUCUUGGAGCACGAAGUGAUCAUGGGCGAGGUAAUUCGCGAGGCACAGAGGAGAGGUGUCGCCACACCCAUCCUGUCCACCCUCUACCAGUUGUGUGCCUGUGUGCAGUGGAGACUACAAGGCACCAAGCCAGCGACUAGGCAGAACUAG